CCUCUUUGACGUCACAGCUGAAAGUCGUCGGUGUUCUACUUGAUAAGUAUCUUAAAAAAGCGUCUUUGUGCAUCUUCUUUGCAAAUUAAGAGAACGAAACUGGUUAUGUUUAAAGCUAUCCUACCAAAGAAAUGCCGAGAGGAAGAUUUGAUGCCUCCCCCAAAGAUCGAUAUAAAGGUUCCUAGAUUGAAAAGAAGAAAGAAGCAAGUGUCUAAGACGGAAGAUGAGUCGGAGUUGAAUGAUGUACAACAACCUACUAUUGAAGUAUCGCCUGCAAGCAGUGAGAUUAAGCCUACUUUGAAAACUGCAACUGUUUCACCGCAACCAAGAGUGGCUUACUUUCCCUUAAAAAAGAAUACUGUUAGGAUUAUUGAAAGAAGGCAAUGUGCACCGCCUCCAAUCGAAUUGGCUAGCUCUUCCAAUUCAGAUAAUGAAUCAGAUGAUGAUAAUAUUCCAACUAUUCCCGAAAUACUUUCGCCUGACGAAACACAGGCUCAUAUUAUUCACUUUCAAAGUGUCCAUAUGUAUUUCGAUUUAUUCAUAAAACGUGAAAAAUGUGAAUUUAAAUCUUUGAAUGAUAUUGUCAAGUCGAAAAACUUCUCCAAGAGUUUUGUUCCCGAUGAAUUUAAGGCAAUCUGCAGCAAUUUAUUGAAAAGAUUAGAAAAAUCUAUGGAUGAAAUGAAACGUAUUGUCGAAUCAACGAUGGAACCGUAUGUUCGUGAUCGCAAUUAUGAUGAUUAAUCCUCAAGCACACAUCUUUCUUUGUAUUUUACAAACUAAUUUGUUCAAGAUAACGCAAAAAGAAUGUUACUUUUGAUUGAAUAAGGUUUAUUACAGUAUCUAUUCUUGG